UUAGUAUUUGUGAACUAACCUAAAAAAUUGUUAUUUUUAAUAUUUGCAGAGCUAUUACAUUUUUAAUGUGUGAAAAUAUUUAACAACUCCUUUCUCGAAAUGUCUUCGCAGUUCGAAGAAACAAUUAACAGCCAUAAUGAUUUUUACAGAAAUGCUCAAGAAUAUUGGGCAGAAAUACCAGCUACAGUUGAUGGAAUGCUAGGAGGAUUCUCGUCUAUUUCUCAAAAAGACAUUAAUGCUUCAAAAUUACUUCUCAAACAAUUAUUUCGUUCCAACAAUCCACCAGGCAACGAUUAUGCUUUGGAUUGUGGAGCUGGAAUCGGUAGAGUGACCAAGCAUUUGUUGAUAGAUUCAUUCAAUAAAGUGGACUUAGUAGAACAAAAUGGCAAUUUUCUAAACAAAGCCAAGGCCUAUAUUGGAAGUCAAGCAGAUGAAAAAAUUGGGAAUUUAUAUUCUACUGGAUUGCAGUCUUUUGAACCUGAUGAAAGGAAAUAUGACGUUAUUUGGAUGCAGUGGGUUCUAGGCCAUCUAACAGAUCCUGACUUGAUGAUAUGUUUAAGCAAAUGCAAGAAAGCAUUGAGGCCAAAUGGAGUCAUAGUAGUAAAGGAAAAUAUAACAUCUAGUGGAAGUGAAGAAUGGGAUAAAAAUGAUUCUUCUUUUACAAGACCUAUGCAUCUAUUGAAACAGAUAUUUAAAUUUUCAGGAUUACAUUGCUGUAAACAGCUGAAACAACAAGACUUUCCGAAGUCCUUAUAUCCUGUAUAUAUGUUUGUUCUCAAACCUGAAAUUAAUGAACAUUACAAAUUGUUUGGCAUUAAUUGUUCAACCUCAUCAGUUAUUUCCAGCGAAGAUCAGAAGAAAACAGAUGAAGAAAUCACUUCAAGCUCUGCAGAAGAUAAAUCUCCAGGAAAUAGUGUAACCAACUGUGAUCGUAGUUAGUUUAUAUAUAUUCUAAAAUGUAUAAUUAUUUUGUAAUAAAUUAUUGCAAUAAUUGAUUGAGAAUUUCGAUUUUAAAUUAUAGAUGGUGAUAUCGAUAUAAUAAUUCAUAAUG